CUCUCGGAGUCUCUGCUCCGAGUUCCUGGUUGGAUAAUUUGGGUUAAUACUAGUGAGUGAGGUUUUUGCGGCUUCAAAGGGUAUUUCAAGUUUCCGGAGCUCCUCCCCUCUGCACCGUGUGACAACAACAACUCGUCCAGCCGGCAGCCUGCACUUUUCAGCUCAUUUUCUCUCUGUCAUUCGCCUCUCAAUCUUUGAUCAAUGUACUUGCCAGGGAGAGCCCAAGUCCUUCAAACCUCCUCCUUUUCACCUUCAUCCUUAACUUUGUGCUAGAGCGGGACCCACACAACAACAGCCGACCCUCCCCGCCCCCGCCCCCACCCCCCCAAACCAGCCCUCCAUCCCAGCCCCCGGAGAGGACUCGCAUUUCGACUUGCGGGACACUUUUGUGCGUUUCUCUCCAGAGCGCCUCUCGUGCUCGCCCCUCCUGCGCUCGCUCUUUAUCACCUUCACCUCCUUUUCUCCCCCUUCUCUCCCUUUCUCCUUCUCGCUCUCUCCUGGAGUUGUUGUUGUUGCCCCCCUCGCUCCUUCUCCCCCCUUUUUUCCCCUUCCCCUCCCGGGGUGUGUGGCAACUUUUCCCCUCGCUUCUCCUCCGUCUGCUUCCCCUUAUAUGUGACCAUGGCAGUGCCGGCGGCUUUGAUCCCUCCGACCCAGCUGGUCCCCCCUCAACCCCCAAUCUCCACGUCUGCUUCCUCCUCUGGCACCACCACCUCCACCUCUUCGGCGACUUCGUCUCCGGCUCCUUCCAUCGGACCCCCGGCGUCCUCUGGGCCAACUCUGUUCCGCCCGGAGCCCAUCGCUUCGGCGGCAGCGGCGGCCACAGUCACUUCUACCGGCGGUGGCGGCGGCGGAGGCAGUGGAGGCGGCGGCGGCAGCGGCGGCAAUGGAGGCGGCGGUGGCAGCAACUGCAACCCCAGCCUGGCGGCCGCGAGCAACACCAGCGGCGGCGGCGGCGGCAGCAUCAGCGCUAGCGGCGGCGUCGCCUCCAGCACCCCCAUCAACGCGAGCACCGGCAGCAGCAGCAGCAGCAGCAGUAGCAGCAGCAGCAGCAGUAGCAGUAGCAGCAGCAGCAGCAGCAGCAGCAGCAGCAGCUGCGGCCCCCUCCCCGGGAAACCCGUGUACUCAACCCCGUCCCCAGUGGAAAACACCCCCCAGAAUAAUGAGUGCAAAAUGGUGGAUCUGAGGGGGGCCAAAGUGGCUUCCUUCACGGUGGAGGGCUGCGAGCUGAUCUGCCUGCCCCAGGCUUUCGACCUGUUCCUGAAGCACUUGGUGGGGGGCUUGCACACAGUCUACACCAAGCUGAAGCGGCUGGAGAUCACGCCGGUGGUGUGCAAUGUGGAACAGGUUCGCAUCCUGAGGGGACUGGGCGCCAUCCAGCCCGGAGUGAACCGCUGCAAACUCAUCUCCAGGAAGGACUUCGAGACCCUCUACAAUGACUGCACCAACGCAAGUUCUAGACCUGGAAGGCCUCCUAAGAGGACUCAAAGUGUCACCUCCCCAGAGAACUCUCACAUCAUGCCACAUUCUGUCCCUGGUCUCAUGUCUCCUGGGAUAAUUCCACCAACAGGUCUGACAGCAGCAGCUGCAGCAGCUGCUGCUGCUACCAACGCAGCUAUUGCCGAAGCAAUGAAAGUGAAAAAAAUCAAAUUAGAAGCCAUGAGCAACUAUCAUGCCAGUAAUAACCAACAUGGAGCAGAUUCUGAAAAUGGGGACAUGAAUUCAAGCGUCGGCAGCAGUGAUGGUUCCUGGGAUAAGGAAGCACUGCCCUCUUCCCCAUCCCAGGGACCUCAGGCCUCUGUCACCCACCCCCGUAUGCCUGGAGCACGUAGCCUUCCAAUUAGUCAUCCUCUCAACCAUCUUCAGCAGAGCCACCUUCUGCCAAAUGGACUGGAACUUCCUUUUAUGAUGAUGCCCCACCCUCUAAUUCCUGUCAGCCUACCUCCAGCAUCUGUCACCAUGGCAAUGAGCCAGAUGAACCACCUCAGCACCAUUGCAAAUAUGGCGGCAGCAGCACAAGUUCAGAGUCCCCCAUCCAGAGUUGAGACAUCCGUUAUUAAGGAGCGUGUUCCGGAUAGCCCCUCACCUGCCCCCUCUCUGGAGGAGGGCAGAAGGCCUGGCAGUCACCCAUCAUCACAUCGCAGCAGCAGCGUGUCCAGCUCCCCUGCACGGACUGAGAGCUCUUCUGACAGAAUCCCGGUUCAUCAGAAUGGAUUGUCCAUGAACCAGAUGCUGAUGGGCUUAUCACCAAAUGUACUCCCUGGGCCCAAAGAGGGGGAUUUGGCUGGUCAUGACAUGGGACAUGAGUCGAAAAGGAUGCAUAUUGAAAAAGAUGAGACCCCGCUUUCUACACCAACCGCAAGAGACAGCCUUGACAAACUUUCUCUAACUGGGCAUGGACAACCACUGCCUCCAGGUUUUCCAUCUCCUUUUCUGUUUCCUGAUGGACUGUCUUCCAUAGAGACCCUUCUGACUAACAUACAGGGGCUCUUGAAAGUUGCCAUAGAUAAUGCCAGAGCUCAAGAGAAACAGGUCCAACUGGAAAAAACAGAGCUGAAGAUGGAUUUUUUAAGGGAAAGAGAACUAAGAGAAACACUUGAGAAGCAGUUGGCUAUGGAACAAAAGAAUAGAGCCAUAGUUCAAAAGAGGCUAAAGAAGGAAAAGAAGGCAAAGAGAAAAUUGCAGGAAGCACUUGAGUUUGAGACGAAACGGCGUGAACAAGCAGAACAGACGCUAAAACAGGCAGCUUCAACAGAUAGUCUCAGGGUCUUAAAUGACUCUCUGACCCCAGAGAUAGAAGCUGACCGCAGUGGCGGCAGAACAGAUGCUGAAAGGACAAUACAAGUCUUCUUUACCUCAGAAAGGGAUAGAAGAACAGAGAAAGUAAUGAGAUGUCAUUGUCUUUCACUUUGCUGAAAUCCGGAGAUCUCACCUUCCAAUCAGGACAAGAUGGAAGACUGUAUUUGAAAACUACUGUCAUGUACUGAAUCUUUCCUGUUGAAGAAAUCCAUGUUAGAGAAAAGAACUUUACCAUCAGACAUUCAUCAUGGGAAAGUUCAGACAAAAUAAAGUCCUUUUAAGGGAACUUUCUGAAUUUUGUGUAUUAAUGUUCUUUAAAAGUUUAAGUAUUCUACAAAAAAAAAAGUUUCCUCCAUUGAUUUUCACCUGUGGUUCAUACCAGAGACCUGAGAAUGUUUGUAAAUGUACAAGUAUCAAACUUCUUACAGUUAAUAACUGCAACUUGCUGCUGGACAAUUGUAUACAGAGUUAAAGGCAGGUCCGAAUAAGACCUAUCUUUGUUUUUUUCUAAUGGAAUGAACCAUUUCCUCUUCUGAAAAUUCUGUAUCUGAGCACAUCAAGAGACUCUUGUAGCAGUGGUUACCCAGACUUACAGAAUUAUUUCCCCCAGAAACCAGCAAGAACACUUGGAAUGAACUGGUAGGGGGCAUAGAGGAUUCUUGAAAACAGAAUAAAGAGUGAUAUUCUGUUACAUUCAAUUUCAAACUCUCUAAUUGUAGGUUUUCUCCUGAAGAUUUUUUUUUUUUACACACUUUCCAAAAGACCAACAAAUGGAUAUUGACAACAACCCAAUGAAAUAAUGUUUUGCAUAUCUGAAAAGAAGCAUUGAAUAUAAGCCAAAAGGUUUUGCUGAAGGUCUUUUUUUCUUAAAGUAAAAAGCAUAUAUAAAUGUAACAUGUUUUCAUUCCAAACUGGUAGUGGUAUAUAGAAGUAAAGAUAUUAAUGUUGCUUCUUAUUCAAACCAUUGGUCAUAUGUACAGUAUAUAAACAUAAAACACACAAGGAAGGUAUUAUGUAUGCAGUAGUAUACUAGAGUUUAGGAAAAUGAAAAUUUUAGAAAAUAUGUUUUGUCACCCUGUUGGUCAGAAAGACGUCUUUCUGGUUUUAACGCAUGCAGGCAUGUAAAUAUUUGUCUGGAGUCACAGUAUUAAUGAAUGAAAUCUUAAGCAUCUGGUGACAUCAAAACUCUGUGUCAGCCACUUUUAUUUGUAUAUUGAACCCUAGUUAGUGCCCCAAGCUGCACUAUUGGGUGGAUUGUGGCUGAACGCAAAUCAAAACACCAGAAAUAUUUUUAUAUGUUAAUGUCAUAUUAUGUUAAUGUUGCUGAAAACAAAACCUAACAAACCUUGAUGUACCAGUCCAAUACCAUGUAGCGCUGAGUGAUAAAGUUAAAAUGUGCUGUGCUUCCCACCCUGGUCAGAGGGAAGGGUGGCUAUGUGUUAUUUUCACUGUCUUUUUGAAAGUUACAGUAUGUGUUUUCACUUUUGUGCAGAUAACUGGAAGUAAAGCAGCAAACAGUGCUUAUCACAUGCUAAAGUUACCUUCUCUUUAUUUUUUGCAUAUCUGGAAUUAACCCUUUAAAGACUGAUAUGAAUCAGUACAGUCACUGUACAUUUUAUGAUUUUUCUGUCAUCUUAAAAUUGUAUGAUCAUAACAUUAUUUAUUACCAUAAAACAGCAAAAUCUUCAAUGUCUAAGAAAACUAGCUUAAAAUGUUUAAAUAUAGUUCUAAUUGGGUAUUAAUUACUUGAUUAAGAAAAAAUUAACAUUAUAGAUACUCUGGCAUUAUGCUUCUAUACCUUUAGGUCUUCCUUGCAAUACUGGAACGUAAUUCUUUUGUGUAGCUAACUAUUAACCCGCUAAGUUCAUUUUUUUAAUACCAUAAAAAGGUUAUAUGUACAGUUCCUAUUUUAGCUUGCUUACAAAAGGAGCAUUGUUUUUAUUUAAAGUAUUGUUACUAAAUGCUUUGUAGAAACUUGGUUUUCUAAGCAUACUUCUUCCAUAGCCAUCUUUUGUUGUUUGAACACAAGAGAUGCUCUUCCUAGUUCUAUGUAUUUUGUUUCCUUAUAUGCAGUCUUUAAAGGAUUACAACACUUAAAAUUGAAUGGACUUGUGUCAAGCUUUUGCAUCAUACAUUUUUUGAAAGAUUUUCUAAAAAGUCUACAACUUACAUAUGUAGUAGAAUCAGCCAUUGCUCUGCUCCUGGCAUAGAGUCACCUGUUACGUGGAUUAAAUAGUUUUAAAAUACAUACUUUGAAGACCUUUGAGAAUGCUUUAGUGUUUGGUUUGAAAUAAAAGGAAAUUUUAGCAAGGAUUAAAGAAAAAAGCUAUCAGCUAUAUGUUAAGAGAGACUCUUACUAACAUGUUGUAAAUAUUACAAUUCAUGAAAUGUUAUUGUAAGUCUGUAACUUAAUUUUUGCCCUUUUUUAGUUAUACAGGUUGGUUUGGAAAUCUGAGUUUUGGCAUAAACAAGUAAAAUGUGCCCAUUUUAUGAUUUUUGUGCUUUUGUAAUCCUAAAAAUAUUAAUGUCUAGUUGUUCUAUAUUAUAACCACAUCUGCGCUCUAUGCAAGCCCUUGGAACAGAACAUACUCAUCUUCAUGUAGGACCUAUGAAAAUUGUCUAUUUUUAUCUAUAUAUUUAAAGUUUUCUAAAAAUGAUAAAAGGUUAUUACGAAUUUUGUUGUACAAAAUCUGUACAAAAAUCUGUUUUUACAUCAUAAUGCAAGAAUUGGAAAUUUUUCUAUGGUAGCCUAGUUAUUUGAGCCUGGUUUCAAUGUGAGAACCACGUUUACUGUUAUUGUAUUUAAUUUUCUUUUUCUUUUCAACAAUCUCCUAAUAAAACUGUCUGAAAUCUC